GUCAGUGGGGUGGGAAGGCAGGACAUGAGCUCCAUUUAUAGACAUGCCUGUACUCAGAGUCAAAGUGAGUGCACAUGUGCCAUUGAGUCCUGCUGCCACACUUUAAAUCAACAAAGGAAAGAAAGAUUAAACUCCGAGACAGAAUCCAACUUUGUCUGGGUGGGAAACAGAAGCUCCAGCGUGUUGAACCACCACCUUAAACUACAGAUCAUCUACUGGAGAACUCAACUAUAAACAGCUGCGAUGGCUCCCAGCUUGGCCCAGGCGUUCAGGAGGAGGUGGUGGAUGGCCGUCACAGCCAUCAUAGAGAACCUGCUCUUCUCUGCUGUUCUGCUGGGCUGGGGCUCACUGCUCAUCAUGCUGAAGAACGAAGGCUUCUACUCACACCUUUGUGUUGAAAAUGUGACAGUGGACACCAAUCUGACAGCGGUGGAGAGCGGGGCCUGGACGAGUUGUGUGGAGCAGGAGGAGGUGUUGAAUCUGGGCUUCACCAUUGGCUCUUUCCUCCUGAGUGCAGCGACUCUCCCUCUGGGCAUCCUGAUGGACAGAUUUGGGCCACGCCCACUGAGGCUCGUUGGCAGCGCAUGUUUCGCUGCUUCCUGUGCCAUGAUGGCUGCUGCUGCAUAUGAUCCUGAAGUGCUGUCUUUCCUCAUCUUCCUCGCUGUCUCCUUCAACGGCUUCGGAGGAAUCUGCCUGACCUUCACCUCACUCACACUGCCUAAUAUGUUCGGGAAUGUACGAUCAACCAUCCUCUCCCUGAUGAUCGGAUCCUAUGCCUCCUCAGCCGUCACCUUCCCUGGAGUCAAGGUGAUCUAUGAUCUGGGCGCGUCGUUCCGCAUCAUCAUGUGGGUGUGGUCGGCGAUGGCCUGUGGAGUCUUCCUUAACUGCUUCAUGAACUGGCCUGCUGAGUCCUUUCCUGCACCUGAAGACGUCAGAUACAUUAAAAAAGUGAAGUUGAGUGGAGUUGUGACUGAGGACAAGAUGACUGGGGACAGGUACGUCACCCAUGUGACUGUCAUGGAAGACAUGUUGGGACCUAAGCAGCCAGAACCCGAACACCCUGACUCCCAAAGCCCACCCCAAGGCGGGCUGCCACUCUGUCACUCUGUGUGCUCGCCAAUCUUCCUGUGGAGUGUCAUCACCAUGGCAAUGACCCAGCUGAGGCUGAUCUUCUUCAUGGGUGCCAUGAACAAAAUGCUGGAGUUCCUCGUCACCCACGGCCAGCCAAACCCGUCAGAAGAGCUGCAGCAGGAGAUGGAGGAGCAAGUUGGUUUCUACUCCUCUAUCUUCGGUACCAUGCAGCUGCUGUGUCUUGCCACCUGUCCUCUGAUUGGUUACAUCAUGGAUUGGAGAUUGAAGGAGUGUGAAGAGGAAAAUGCAAAGAAAAGCCAAUAUGAUCCCACAAAGAGAGACAGAAAGAUCCAGAAACUCACCAAUGCCAUGAGAGCUUUCGUCUUCACCAAUCUUCUAUUGGUCACCUUCGGAAUCAUUUCCAUGAUUGACAACCUGCCCAUCCAGUUGGCUUCUUUUGUCUUGCACACCAUAGUGAGAGGAUUUAUCCACUCCUGCUGCGGAGGUCUCUAUGCUGCUGUGUAUCCAGCCAACCACUUUGGAACUCUGACUGGCAUGCAGUCCAUGAUCAGUGCUGCUUUCGCACUGCUGCAACAGCCACUGUUCAUACUGAUGUUGGGCCACCUCAAUGGAGAUCCUUACUGGAUCAAUCUGGGACUUCUCAUCAUGUCCGUGGCUGGCUUCCUGUUGCCAGGCUAUCUAUUCUAUCACCGUAGAAACCUGAUCCGGGCAAAGGCAGAGCGUGAUAGGUUGGCUGCCAGCCAAUCAGACAAGGAGAAUGCUCCUCUAACCCAAUCAGAUGGUACAACUGCUUAUAUCCAAGCCAAUGGGCUUGCAGUUAAUGGCCACACAACAAAUAACGUUCAGUAGUUUAUUAAUGUUGGGAGGAUGCAAAUACCACUCACUCAAUCUUUACAUGAAACAUUUGAGAAACAAAUUAUAGCAAUGUUUAAAAUGGACCAGGAAGUUACAUUUGUAACCCUAAUGUCAGACAUCUCUCUGCCUUGUCACUAUAUUUGAUCACUAAUGAUUUCUGAAUGAUUAGUGAAGAUGGCUCAGUAGUUAGCACUGUGGCCUUCCGGCUAAGUCUCAGUUCUAGAGAUACAUGCUGUUCUCCUAUGGGGGCUGCUUUUUCCACAAACACUCUAAAUGCCCAAAUUUGAGAAUAUGUGUAUGUAAUGGUUAGGUGAACUGCAUGCUGGGAAGGUUUCCUGUCUCCAAAUGAUUAACACAAGCAUUAUUUAAAAGAAAACAUCAGCAUUUAAGGACCAUAGUGCAUGCAACUUUAAUCCUGUUUACUGUUACUCACAUACACUGGCUCCAUCACUGAAUGUGCUUGAAACAUUAAAGCUUGCUUUAAGUUAUCCAUCAAAACAAGCAGCAAAGCUGUAGCUAAUACUGAUGCCGAUACCGAAUAUUAGGGUUAUGAGUGUUAUUUGUCAUCUUGACAUAACACUACAGAUAAGAUGUGUUUUUAAUAUCUACUCAUAAAUAUUCAAACAAACUAUUGAUCAAUUCAAUAAAUUGCUCCUUUUGCUGCUAAAUAUAAGCUACUGUUUCAAACUUAGGCUUUACUCCUUAAGCAGAUAUGUCACACGAUAGUGUGAGGUUCCUUUUAUACCAGCAAUUAGUUUCCACUGUUAAAGAACAGAGGGCCACAGGACAGAUCUGAACCGUCUCUUCUCACCUGUGUCUGAUCACUUAAAAGCAAAAUACUGGGUUCGAAUUGUCAAAAAAUCAGCUCCUAUUGUCUGUUCCUAUCUGCUAUUCCUUGACCUCUGUGUGAAAAGUCACAGGGUUAAGGAAUAGUGGAUAGGGUGAUUCAAAAGGUCUUAGGAAAAGAGACUGCGGUGCUCUGAGAAUCCGACUGCACUGACACUAUCCGACCUAAUUAUGAUGUGCCAGCAGACGUUAUAAAUGUGCGUCUGCUGUGGGGGAACUACAGUUCUCUGUACAGGACUACUGAAAGCACAUCUACUCUGCACCAUGUACCUAUUUGAGCGCAACCCAUGUUCUAUAUCGGCCAAUCAUGCGCCAUGGGGGGUUCGGUUCAGUCAGAUGAAGCCGUUUUCAAUUAUGCCAAUCCCAGGUAAACACAAACAAGAUUCACAGGUAAAACCAUGCAAUAAUCACUCUGUUGAAAACCACACAUCAGAAGUCAAACCCAUGCUAAAAUUCCAUUAAAACCACACUUGAAUAAGUAAUUAAAACAUGCACAUUUUGGGAUUUCAAUUAAAAGUGAAUAAGCACUGGUACUCGGACAGAUACUUGCUGAAUGCAGUAGGUAGUACAAUACCAAUGCUAAAGAAAUAGUUGAAUAUAGGUUUGAUACUACUGCCCGCAUGUUCAAUUGUAUGUAGCAGAUUAGCUUAGCUUGGCAUAAAGACCAGUGUAAAAGCUAGCCUGGCCCUUUCCAAACGUUAAACAUACACCUGGCAAUGCCGUUAGGUCAGAUAUGAUUUGUACUUUUUCAAAGGAGAUGAUAUAAAGUGGUGCAGCGAUAACCUAUUUUUGUAGGCAGUCCCAAAUUUUGGCAUCACUAGGGCUCCCUAGACAAAAAGGAGACAUUGGAUUUUAGAAUAAUGUGAAAAUAAGCAUUAUGGCAAACAUACGUUUAUGAUACUUACAUGUUUGUUCAGCGGGAUCAUUUUCACAUACUAAGACAUACUUUAUAACAAUUGAUGUGUAAAUGCAAUCAUCAGAGGUUUUGCAGUCCCAUUCAGACUUCUGUUAGCAACCACUGUUUUUAUGACACAGUAGCUGAAGACAUUCACCAGUGUGGUGUUUGCCAACAUAUUUAAUGUAGCUGAACAAAACUUAUAUCUUGUAAGGUUGUGUUCACCAGAGCUUUUUUGCGAAUCUAACCAAAAACUCUUUGAGACUUGGUAGCCCUAAUGAGCUAAAAUGCUAACUCAUUUCAUGGUUUAGGACUCAUUCCUGCACCACUCUAUUAGUCUGCCACUAACCAGGACGAUCAGGCUUUGUAGAUCAACCUGAAUGUCCAAUUUAGAAAGUGAAAGCAAUCAAGUGAAGAUGGAUGAGGUAAUUCGUUUUUUUCCUUCUUAAUGUCAGUUCAGGUCAGAGUUUUACUUUUCCUCUAAAAUGGGGACAAAAAGAUCUAACAUAACUAUGAUUGUAACAACUCUGGUAACAUCAUUUAACAGUUAUAUUUAAGUAGUUUCUGUAGUUUAUGGCUUUGAAUAUUAACACAUUUCUUAACAACAUCAAACAAAAAAUCCCUGAAGCAGCUAUAAUUGAUAUAUUUUCCUUAAAAAGCUGUGAAAGCACCAAACAGCUGUUAGCUAUUAGCAGGCUAACAUAGUGCAGCUACAGAAACAGAUCUUGUCCUCGGACGUUGGUGGAGACCCAACACAGAGCUGGAAGAGAGAGAAUAUUAGACAUGGAAUUUACAGAAGUAAGUUUGUAGAAAGUAAAUUAAUCUAGACAAACAAGCAAAUUAGAAAACAGAUGACUUUGAAAUGAAACAAUAAAGAAGAUGUUUAUUGAAGCAGGUGCAUCAUGCAAGCUUUCUGAAUGUCUGCUGGUUUCUCUCAGCACUGUAUUUAUAGCAUCUUGUCAUAUUGCCAUGACAACAGCUUUUUGGCAGUUUGACAGUCUUGGAGCAGCCAACUCGUUAAGUGUCUCUGGGAUAUUUGAGGUUGAUUUUAUAAACCUACUAAGUUAACUGUAUUUAAAAGGAAAACUAAUUUAAAGGUUUUCAGCUCAGUAUUUAAUCCCCAACCCUGUCCUUUGCUGUGCAGGCACAGCAAAGGACUUCAUAUAAGAAGAUGAAAUGUGUCUUAGAGUAUAUAAAUUGAUUUUGUUGUAGCUUCUCACAAAAGCUUCUUUAUUUUGCUGCUGCAAUUUAAGGAGCACUUGAAUGUCACAAAGGCUGAACACCAAGCUGAAUGCAGAUGUAUGAUUUGUUGCUGACAGCGCACCAUGGCUUCCAGUAUAAUCUGUGAAUAGAGAUUGUACAGUAUUAAUUAGAUACGUGAAAAUAGUUUAAUGAUAGGCUUUAUUUUGUGAUUAAAUAUUCAAAUGUAAAACAGUGUUUAUUACAGAAUGUGCAUGCUUAUGAAGUGCCUCGGGUUGACAUCUAAGAGCAAUAACCUGAUGUUUAGGUUUCCUAAAGGCAGCAUAUGCACAAAAAAACUAAUCAUUUCGUUUAAAGUCAGCAACAUGCUGCUUAUCUGAUCAUUUUACAUAAACCAAAUAUACAGUAGGUGCACCUUAAACGUAUAAUACAAUCCAGUACAGGAACACUGGCCACAUGAAUGAUUCUGACAAAGUGUGCAGGGAAUCUGAUGCUAGACUUAUUUAUUGUUUGUUCAUGGUAUUGGACGCGCCAUGUUGUAAAGCUGCUGCUUGUAUUGCGUCCAUCUUUUAUGUGUUUUUAUUUUAUUGUGCAUCAGGAGUAAAUCAGAUGAUCGUUGUCAGAGCAUUUGUCAUCACUUUUGUUGAUGAAAAGGGAGCUAAAGUUUGAUCAAAAAUGAUAUCCAAAUUAAAUAUAAGUUAACAUGUUUAUUAUCUUUAAAUACCAAUUGACCACUGAGAAUAAAGUUUAAAAUAAUUGUUCAGUGUCAAUUACUUUUCUCAUUAGGAAAAUGUGUUUUGUGUUUCAUUUUUUGUGUUUCUGACUUGAUUGGUUGUGGAAAAAUGUAAAGUAUUAAAACUAUUAAAAAUGUAAAAAAUGAAA